GAAAAUCUUUCGUUCCAUUGUGUAUAUAAGAGACUUUGAGCACCGCUCUCCUCUGCUUCUUCUAUUCUCGUUACUUUAUCUUCUUCACUUAAAGAUUGCAAUCUCAAGAACGGAUCACAUUCUCGACAAGUCAAGUUAUCGAAAACUCUAUGUUGGAUCUUUGAAAAUUCAGAGUUGUCUUCUAUACUCCAAUCAAAGAAAUAUACAUUCAACACACACUUCUUUACCAAUACACCAAAUCAAACCAAGCCCUUAAGUAACCAUGGGUUCAAAGAAUAGACGUGUUGCCCAGGCCGCAACCAGCGAAUUCAUCCCCAAACACCCUUCUGAAAUCAAGGCUCACCCGAACAUCGUCCUCACAGGCAACAUUCUAACUCUCACCAUCGACUACUGCGCUCCGGGUAGCCCAAUCGAAAAAUCCACCUCGAUGAAAUCUCUCCUCGCCAUCCUCCCCGACUACACACCUUACGCCAAGAUCCUGCAACUCAGCAUCCAUGCCGGCAUUCCACACAUGGAGCCCCAAAGCGUCCAUACCGCACAUAUCCAAGAUAUGAAAUCGAUUGUUGGAGAAGUCAACAAGUUCAAGAAGUUGGAGGUGGUUAGAGUGAGAAUGUUGAUUGAUCAUUGCAGUUUCCCGCAGAUGAAACUCGCGGCUGCGAUGUUUGGUUUGAGAAAGGAGGUUCAGCGUAAUUUGCAGUAUGUGAUUAAGGGGGAGGAACCGGUUAGGAUUGAGCAGGAGGAUGAUAUGAUGAAAAGAUUGUUUGGGGUUUGGAGAAAGGAGUUUUUGUGAGAGGUUAGAUGGGGCGAGGUGGAGGUUUGAUGGUGGGGGGAGAUACUGUUCUAGGGUGUGGUUGUUAAAAGAUGCGAUUUUCGAUCUUUGGUGUUGGUUAUUGGGGGGAAACUGGGUUACGGGGAAGCUAGCGCAUAUUCAUUUGUGUAUGGCGAUACUUCAUGGCUUUGUGCCAUUGAAAUAUGGAUGUGACUUCUGGUAUGGUGUUCAGGGACAUACUCUCAAUGAUUGUAUUUACA